AGUAGGCUGUAACAGUAGUACAUGAGUUGAGAAUAUAAAAAAGGAAGAAAAGUAGAGAAAUUGAUCUAACAGCAGGCGCGAGUGAGAAGCAGAAAACGGGAGCAGAGAUGUUGAAUUUGACUCUGUUUCUCUGCAUUUUAUGGGCUCUGAGCUUACUCUACGGAGAGUGGUUUGCCUAUUUGGUGCCUUCACUCUGGACCUGUUCUUGGCCUCAUCGGCGCCCAUCUUCUUCUUCGCUGGAUGGAGUUGAUUAUCUGAGUAAGUAUGUGAAAAUUGCUGUUGUUGCCGAUCCUCAGCUCAUGGAUAGGACUUCCCUUCGUCUUCCUCCAAAAUCAUUUGCUCUGGAGUUCGCUCAGUUCUAUACUGAUUUAUACAUGCGUAGGGCGUUCCUUUCAUCUGUAUUGCCCUUAAAACCAGAUGUGGUAUUUUUUCUUGGUGAUUACUUUGAUGGGGGUCCCAUACUGUCGGAUGAAGAAUGGCAGGAAUCUUUGGGCCGUCUUAGGCAUAUUUUCAACCUGAAUAUGCUUCAGAAAUCUUCAAACACAAAAGUAUACUACCUUUCUGGCAACCAUGACAUAGGAUACUCAGCUUUCAACUCCCGAAAGCUAGAGACUGUAAAACGCUAUGAGGGAGAAUUUGGGGUAAGAAACUUUAAAGUUACUCUUGGAAACGUGGACUUCAUUGCAAUUGAUGCGCAAACUUUGGAUGGUCGUCCCCAAAGUAAACUCACAUCAGCCACCUGGGACUUCAUAAAAAAUGUCUCUAAAGAUACUCGUUCUACUCCAAGAGUUUUAUUGACUCACAUCCCUUUAUAUCGGCCGGAUGGGACUCCUUGUGGCCCUCAUCGUUCUGCAUCAAUCAUCAAUCAGCGAAUUUAUCUUGAUCGUGAUCAAGAAAUAAUGUAUCAGAAUUAUAUCACUAAAAGCUCGACGAAUGUCCUGCUGGACCUAAUCCAACCUUCACUUGUCCUCUCUGCUCAUGAUCAUGAUCAAUGCACAGUUACCCACAUGUCUAAGAAUGGUCCAGUCAUUGAGCAAACUGUAGGAACCGUAAGCUGGCAGCAAGGAAAUUUGUAUCCUUCUUUUAUGCUACUAUCUGCCAGUAAUUCAACGUUGUCAGAUGGAUCCUCUCCAGAAACUGCUGCUUCCUCUCAGAUCUGCUUUCUUCCCAUGCAAACACAUAUAUAUCUAUGGUAUUUAUCUCUCUUUGCAAUGACCCUUGUUAUUGUCCUCCUUUGGCCAGCAAAUGAUGUCCUCAUUUUGCGAAAGCUUGGCGAGCUAAUGGGUUGUAUCAGAAGUCUAUACAAUAGCUUUAGCAAUAGCAUGAAAGAGAAAACUGAAGAUGAAAAUUGUGAGUAUGAAGAGAUUUGGGAUGCAGAAGGAACAAUGCACCUUAUCAAGAAAAAGAAAAAGGUUUCCUCCGUAGUCUUGAACGAGAGAAGCUCAUUGGAGAGGGGUAAUAUUGUGAUGCGAUCAAGAGUUCGGAAGCAGACGGGACAAGAAACAGAUGCCUCAAACCUAGAUGAAAGUAUACAUGUGGUGUCAGCUAGAACAAACAAAUCAAAAGCAAAAAUGAUGAUCUGGAGACUAUUACGGGCAUCACGAGCAAUACUUACUAUUGCUGCCUUCAAUGUUCCUCUGUAUGUCCUGCUGGUAUUCAAAGAUUGGAUGGACAAAUGACUUGAAAACUUUCUGAGUUGGUUACCAAUCCUCAGACUGAUCUAAAUGCCAGUGAGGACAUCUCUGAAAGUGGAAGUAAUGUAUUUUGAGUAAGCAAUGGGAUCGAAGCAAUGGCUGCUGUGUUCCGUUGUUCCAUGAUUCUGUAAUCUGUGUUGAUAUAGUCGAUCCAUUAGGUUAUUGUUGAAGGCCUACUCUGCUGUUCUGAUAGCAGAAAGUUGUCAAGCCUGCUUCAGAUAUGUAUCGUCUUGUAUUACUUGUUUGUAUCAUUUCGCGGUCGUGAGGAAUCAAGCUGCUUCAAUUCAUAAUGGGGCCUCGUUGCAUGGUUGAAACAGCAGUGAACAGAACAGAACUCGGCUCUUUUGUUUCGUAGGAAGGUACUCGAUGUCUGUGGUUGAGGAAAGGAAGUCACUUAGUUUUGCUGUUCCAUUUUAACUUGUUCAUCAAAUUGUCUGGAGUUGGCAUAGAAACUAUUGAUACCGUCAUCGAUGUAGUACCAAGUGAGCUGACAUUUGUUCUUGAAGGAUUUUCUGAGAGAAAGAAUAGCCAAGAGAAGAAUUCAUGCAUGUAUUCUAGGUACAAAAUAGUUUCUUAAUUU